AUGGUCUCAGUCAGACACUGGGCGGCACAGAGCGGUGACCUCAACGCCAAGCAGCUGGAGAUCACAAAAACCGUCCCCAGCUGUCUCUUGAAGAAGAUAGCCGCAGGUAUCUGGACCGCCGAGGAAGUGUUUAUCGCGUUCAGCAUCCGCGCAACUAUCGCACACCAUCUCACAAACCCGCUCUCAGAUGUUUUCUUCGACAAGGGGCUCUCCCGGGCUCGCAAGCUCGAUGCGUGGCUGCGGGAAACGGGUCACGUCGUGGGACCGCUGCAUGGCCUUCCUCUUAGCCUGAAAGAUUUGAUGAACCUAGAGGGGCAUGCUACGACCUUUGGGUUCGUUGCUCUAGCAGACAACGUCAAGUCUAGCUCUGACGACCUGGUGACGCGACUUCAAGAAGCCGGGGCCGUUUUUUAUUGCAAAACCAAUGUACCGCAGUCCACUAUGUCCGGAGAAUGUAACAGCUUCUUGUAUGGCCGGACAAGCACACCCGAUAAUCGGAAUCUAUCUGCAGGUGGCUCCAGCGGUGGCGAGGGUUCCCUUAUCGCUCUCCGGGGUAGCCCUUUGGGAAUCGGCACGGAUGUUGCAGGGUCCAUACGAACGCCAGCAAACUUCAACGGCAUCUACGGUCUCUGCCCAACUUCAGGCCGCUUCCCGUGUCACUCUGUCGGAGAAUCCUCCCUUGACUACAUCACUGGCGUUGCAGGGCCUCUUAGCAGCUCCGUUGAUGGUCUGGAGGUCUAUGCAAAAGCCCUCCUGUCUCUUAACCCAUGGGAUUGGGACGCAACCUGUAUUAAGAUGCCUUGGGACGAUCAGCUCUAUCGGGAAAAGAAGAAUCAGAAGCUGUGUUUCGGUUUCGUGAUGCACGACGGUGUAGUGCGCCCACAUCCACCCAUUCAACGUGGUAUGGACCUUGUUAGGGAGGCACUCGAGCGAGCAGGCCAUAGUGUUGUUGACGUCGAUCUUCUUAGAGCAUCAGAUAAUCUUUGGGACACAGCUGUCCGCAUCUUCUGUGCAGACGGGGGCGAGGCGUUGCGAAAUAUGUUAGAUAUACUCCCUGAACCCCCGAUCCCGGAGAUCUUCAUCCCUCCAGCCUCAAUGGCUCUUUCUGCCACCCAGAUGGGAUCUUUAGGGAAGAAACUUCUAGGUAUUCGUCAAGUUUUCUUGGAAAGAUGGCAGGCGACAACAAUGAUUACAGCGACAGGUCGACCUAUUGACGUGUGUAUCCUGCCCUCCGGCGGGCACGUCGCGCCUCCUCACGGCACGAUGAAGUAUUUCCUUUACGAGGCUAUUUCAAACAUUAUCGACUGGCCUUGCGCGACGAUUCCUGUGACCAAUGUUGACCCGGAUAUGGAUCCAAAACCUGGACCUGACGAUGACUUUGUGCCGUUGUCGGACGAAGAUCAGGAGAACUACGACAAAUACUCACCAGAGGAUUACAAAAACGGCGCUGUAUGCCUACAGGUUCUGGGUCCUAGGUUUAGCGAAGAGGUAAUACUGGCGGCGAUGAGGGUUAUUGAUGGAGCGCUUGGGAGGGGCGACGACCACAUCGAGUAG